AUGAAGAUAAUGUAUACUUUGAAUCCCCUUCCUUCUUUCCCCUACAUUAAUCAAAACUCCACCAUCGCUUUCUCCAAAUCUGACCCUAGAUUCUCCACAUGUUCUUACCUUUCUGUUCGAAGAAACCCAGAAUCCCCAUCCGGUUUAUUCAACAAACCCACCUCCCAAAUCCAUGAAACAGGGAGCAAAACCAGCAGUUUCAGUAAAUUAAAUGGUUUCCCAUUUCGUCUUCCCUCAAAACCCACAUCACAUCUCCUCAGAGCAGCUCCUGAGGCCAACCCAGAAAGGGAUACCGAAGAUUCAAAGCCACAGACCCUUCAGCUUGCUCUGAUUUUUGGUCUCUGGUACUUCCAGAACAUCGUCUUCAACAUCUACAACAAGAAGGUAUUAAACCUCUUUCCUUUCCCAUGGCUGCUCGCUUCGUUUCAGCUCUUUGUUGGAUCUGUUUGGAUGUUCUUCCUCUGGUCAUUAAAACUCCAGCCUUGCCCAAAGAUAUCGAAAUCCUUCAUUAUAGCUCUCCUGGGUCCUGCUCUGUUCCAUACAAUAGGUCAUAUCUCUGCUUGUGUUUCAUUCUCUAAGGUUGCAGUCUCCUUCACCCAUGUAAUCAAAUCAUCGGAACCUGUCUUCUCAGUUGUAUUCUCAUCCUUCCUUGGUGACACAUACCCAUUUAAUGUCUGGCUCUCAAUCCUUCCUAUUGUGAUGGGUUGUUCUCUCGCUGCAGUUACUGAAGUCUCCUUCAACUUUCAAGGCCUGUGGGGAGCUCUGAUUAGUAAUGUGGGAUUCGUUCUUAGAAACAUUUAUUCAAAAAAGAGCUUACAGAGCUUCAAAGAAGUAAAUGGGCUGAACUUAUAUGGAUGGAUAACUAUAAUUUCACUGCUCUAUCUUUUUCCAGUUGCUGUGUUUGUUGAAGGAUCUCAAUGGGUUGAAGGCUAUAGAAGAGCUCUUGUGGCCGUUGGGAAACCAUCAACCUUAUAUCUUUGGGUGAUCAUAUCUGGGGUUUUCUACCAUUUGUAUAAUCAGUCCUCUUACCAAGCUCUUGAUCAGAUUAGUCCAUUGACAUUCUCAGUGGGAAACACAAUGAAGAGGGUGGUUGUGAUUGUCUCAUCAAUUCUGGUUUUCAGGAAUCCUGUAAGGCCUUUGAAUGCUUUGGGAUCUGCCAUUGCAAUCUUUGGGACUUUUCUGUAUUCCCAGGCGACAACAGCUAAUAAGGCAAAGAAGCUUGAAGGUGAAAAGAAGAGCUGAAAUUUGUUUGUCAUUCUAUUAUAUCUAAUAU